AUGGGGCGGCUGAGCGUGGCGGCGUCGAAGGCGCUCUCCCUCCUCCACCACCCGUCCCUCUCUCAGUCCCUCACCGCCUUCACCGCCGUCUCCCACGUCAAGCAAGUCCACGCCCACCUUAUCGUCACCGGCGACGCCCAGCAGAAUAUCUUCACUACCACCCGCCUGCUCGCCUGCGCGGCCCUCUGCGGCUCCCCCGACCUCUCCUACGCCGAGGCCAUCUUCCGCCACACCCCGGCCCCGACUUUCUUCAUGCACAACACCCUCCUCAGAGCAUAUUCAAGGUCCCCUGCUGAUUCCCCUGACGGCAUUGCCCUCUAUGUUCACCUGCUCCGUGCUGGAUUCUUUCCCGAUAAGUUUACUUUCCCGUUCGUGCUCCAUUCGUGCGGUCUCUUAGAGAACCUAUUCCUCGGGCGGCAACUCCAUGGCCACGUCGUGAAGUUCGGUUUGUGCCACGACGUGUUUGUCGUGAACAAUGUGAUGGGCAUGUACUCGAGCUGCGCGGAACUGGGCUCGGCCCGCCAGCUGUUUGACGAAAGUCUCGAUAUAGCCAAUGUCGUGUCGUGGACUAUCCUGGUCACUGGGUGCUCGAAUUCUGGGGAUAUCGAUACAGCGCGGGCUUACUUCGACCAAAUGCCGUCAAAAAACAGUGUUUCUUGGAAUGCUAUGAUCACGGGGUAUGGCAGGGUGGGCAGGAUCAGCGAUGCUCGUGAACUAUUCAAUGCAAUGCCUGAACGGGAUUCUGCAUCAUGGGGAGCUUUGAUAUCUGGGUACACCGAGAAUAAACUGUUUAUGGAGGCACUGGUGCUGAUUAGAGAGAUGGUUAACCGGGGCGAGGUUCCAAAUGAGGCUGCAAUUGUGAGUGCAGUCUCUGCCUGCGCGCAUCUCAGGGCACUGGAAGAGGGAGACUGGCUCUACGAGUUAGUUAAAGAAAUUGGGUUUGAUGGUAAUGUUAUUCUCGGGACAGCGCUUCUGGACAUGUUUGGGAAGUGCGGAAACAUUAGGAAAGCUCUCAUGGUUUUCAACUUGAUGCCCGCAAAGAAUAUCUAUUCGUGGAACUCCAUGAUUGCCGGGUUGGCCUUCAAUGGCUAUGGAAGGGAGGUCCUCUCUCUGUUUUGGAAAAUGCAGCUACUAGGCACCACUCCCAACAGCAUAACAUUUAUCUCCCUGCUAAGCGGGUGCAGCCACUCCGGAUUGGUCGAUGAGGGUCUUCAUCUCUUUAACAUGAUGACCCAAAAGUAUCGGAUUAAGCCUCAGUUGGAGCAUUAUGGUUCUGUGGUCGAUCUUCUCGGUCGUGCAGGCCUCAUUGAGGAAGCCGUGCAUUUUGUCGAGGGAUUGCCCGUCGGGCCCCACUCAGGCUUAUGGGGAGCCCUCGCUGGGGCAUGUAGGAUUCACGGGGAAGUUGAGUUGGGCAGAGAGGUUGCAGAGCGACUUGUUGAGUUGGAGCCUCAGCACAGCGGGAGGUAUGCUUUGUUAUCGAAUAUUCUUGCGUCGGCGAGGAGAUGGGAUGGUGUAGAAAUGGUGAGGAAACUGCUCAAAGAUAGGAAGGUGCUUAAGACCCCAGGAAGUAGCAUCCUCUAA